AUGCCAAGAUUUUUAACAAUAGAACAAAGGACUUUUAUCCUCAAGCAAUGGUGGAUGUCAGGAAAAACGUUAAAAACAGUAAAUGAAGCGUUUCAAGAUGAAUAUUCUGACGACGAAAUUCCAGCUCGACAAACAAUUUAUAGACUAGCAACAAAAUUUGAUGAGACAGGUUCCGUGGAAGAUGCACCUCGAAGUGGUAGACCAACAUCAAUAACCACAGAAGAAAAUAUGGAACUUGUUUCUGAAAGCUACACUCUUAAUCCACAAAAAUCACAAAGACGUGCAGCACAUGACCUUGAUAUCUCACGUUCAAGCGUACGACGUAUCAUGAAAGAACUCAAUUUAAAACCGUACAAACCGAGAUUAUUACAAGUCUUAAAUGAAGAUGAUCCUGAUCGACGACUUGAAUUUUCUCAAUGGGUUUUAGAUUCAAUUCGAGAAGAUCCCAUUAUCUUAGAUCGAAUUAUCUGGACUGACGAAGCUAUAUUCCAAACAAAUGGUCGUGUCAAUAGACACAAUUGUGUUUAUUGGAGUGAUACAAAUCCACAUUUUAUUAUCGAACAAGAGCUCAACGUUCCACGAGUAAUUGUAUGGGGAGGAAUAUGGUCAAAUGGAGUUGUUGGCCCAUUCUUUUUCGAAGAUAAUGUUACAUCACAAACCUAUCUUCAAAUGUUAAAGAACCAUAUUAUACCGCAACUUGAAGAGCAACCAACCUUUCACACAAUGAUAUGGCAGCAAGACGGUGCACCACCUCAUUAUGGUCAAGCUGUACGUGAUUAUUUAGAUGAUACUUUUUUAGAAUGGAUCGGUCGUCGAGAAAUUGUAGAAUGGCCACCGCGGCCUCCUGAUCUUACUCCAUGUGAUUUUUCACUAUGGGGAGUAAUAAAAGAUCAUGUCUAUGCUCAAAAACCUCGUAAUGUGGACCAUCUAAAAUUAUUAAUUGAACAUGACUUUACAUCGCUCAAUGAUAAUAUCGAAUUAUGCCAGGCAAUCUGUCAUUCUGUCGCUAAGCGUUGCCGGAUGUGUAUUAGAGCAGAAGGCAAACAGUUCGAACAUUUGCUUUAA